AUGUCGCGGCGGCCUCGGUGGUGGAUUGAGCGGGUCUGAGCGAGAUUUCCCAGAGGGCUUCUCGUACGCCUGUCUUCGGCGCUGUCAUGGCGGGCUUGCUGAAGAAGACUACUGGCCUUGUGGGGUUGGCGGUAUGUGAGAGUCCGCACGAGAGGCUAAGAAUAUUGUACACAAAAAUUCUUGAUGUUCUUGAGCAAAUCCCUAAAAAUGCAGCAUAUAGAAAGUACACAGAACAGAUUACAAAUGAGAGGCUGGAUAUGGUUAAAGCGGAACCAGAUGUUAAAAAAUUAGAAGACCAACUUCAGGGUGGCCAAAUAGAAGAGGUGAUUCUUCAGGCUGAAAAUGAACUAAGUCUGGCCAGAAAAAUGAUACAAUGGAAACCUUGGGAGCCGUUAGUGGAAGAGCCUCCUGCCAACCAGUGGAAAUGGCCAAUAUAAUCAUCAUCAAAUGACUUGUGUGCUGAAGGGAAACUGAUGUAAUUAAAUGUUCUGUUAUAUCAAAAAUAUGUCCAUAUUAUUGACAUCUAAUAAUCAAGAAAACUGAUGUAGAAUAUAUUUAGGAGACUUGUUAAAACUGAUGAUUAUGAUAAUAGGGACUUACGAAUUAGUUUUUGUUAAAGCAUUCAUUCAAAUUAUUUCAAAGAUUGAUAUUUUAUAAAAUAGAGGUUCUAUAAGGUUUGAAAAUUAAUUGGAAAAAUUUCUGUGUUUCAGUGCACAGGCCACAUAUUUGAUAGGUGAAAUAUUUUUAGUAGUAUUUCUGACACAUUUGAUUUUUUAUUUAUUCUGACAAAACCAGGAAGAAAUUUAUUAUUGCUUAAACAGAUGUGUAGGUCGCUGUUUGAAGUGAAGUAAGAGAAAAACCAUUAAAUUAUAAUUCAUUGUACAGUUGAGAAAAUUGAUUUUGUAUUUGAAAGAAAGAUUUCUUAUUUACAGUGGUAGUUGGGAAACUUAAAUUUUUGUCGCAUUUAAGGAAGUUAGCUUUCUGGCCCUUAGUCAAACUAUACCAGCAGAGAGAGUUUCUCUAAAAGAAGAGAUGAUAAGAGUUCCUAAAGUUUAUCCGGCAUGUGGAUAGGCUUUUAUUCAAAACAUCUUAGUUGUAUGGUUAUAACUUCCAGGUGGAGACACCAAGUAGUUUUUACUAAGUUUCCAAUGAGUGUAGCUGGGUAUCAAGAUAAAGCUGUUCGAGGAAAGAAACAAUUGACAAGUUUAAGGUUAAAAAUAAAAUUACUUUUCAGGUG